AUGGAGAAUGAUUCGCGCCCCUCCAGCCCGCAACCUGGGCAGGACGCUGCUUCCCCACAAACAGACAGAAGGAAGUCCGGCCGGAUGACGCGAAAGCCUGAAUUAUUCUCUCAGAGUUAUGGCGCCAAUGAGGGAGCCGCCGCAGGUGGCUCUAAACGCAAGCGUACUACCCCUGGUGACGAUGAGGAUGAGAACGAGAACGCGUCUGAGUCCGGAAGUGACGAGUCCAACGAUGAUGAACCCGACGAAGAAGAACUAAAGGAAAAAAGACGUGCUGCGCGCAAGGCGUCCUCCAAGAAAGCAACGUCUGGAACCAAAGGAAAGCUCAAAUCCCGGAGUUCAAAGAAACCGAAGGUAGCAAGCAAUGGAAUCGGGAGUCAGUUGGCUUUCCGGCCUGCUACAACCAAUGGAAAGAAGACUGUUUCGCGCUCACGAAAAUUACAAACACGACCCAGCCUGGCUGCUGGGGAAAAGGGUCUCUACGCGGAGGUCUUCAGUAAAAGUCGUAGUGCCGACACCACCGCAGCGGAAUGGCUUACUUCGUAUCAGAAUGACCAAAGCGCGGCUGUGCGUGAGAUGGUUAUCUUUAUCCUUCGAUGCGCAGGAACAACCCUCCAGAUAGAUGAUGCCGAUAUUCAAAAUGUCGACCAUGCACCAAGGCGAGUGGAGGAUCUGGCUUUUCAAUAUCACUCUUUGGGAUUUUCUGAAUACCCCCUGAUAUCAAAGUCACGGACUUUCAGGAAUUUCAAACCUGUUCUGGAGGACUUCUUCAGCACCUUGAUCCAAACCUUGCAUCAUUCUUCGGUCCUGUACAGAGACCAGAAUCUCUUCGAGAAUAUCCAGAUAUGGCUCUCUGCCUUCUCAAUUUCGAAUUGUCGCCCUUUCAGGCAUACCUCGACCGUCAUUGCCUUAGCAAUGAUGAGCACUUUCUGUGAUGUUGCUCGGGAGCUAAUGACUUCCGUUUCUACCUCCCGGAAACAACUUGAGAGUGAGAAGAGGAAAAAAUCUGUCAAUAAAGGAAGAGUUGAUGCUAUCCAGUCGGCUAUUCAAGAGGGUGACAAAAAGCUGGAACUCGUAGACGACAUCCUCAAAGACGGCGUCAAUAUAUUCUUUGUCCAUCGCUAUCGAGACGUCGACCCCACUAUACGUGCUCUGUGCAUGUCUGCUCUAGGCCAAUGGAUGCGCACCUAUCGUGAUUAUUUUUUUGAAGGACAGUUUCUCCGAUACUUCGGCUGGAUCCUCUCCGAUCCUGUAGCUCAUACGCGCGCUGUUGUCAUCGAACAACUUCGCCACCUAUAUGAGAACAAGGAUAAUCUUGCUGUCUUACGCACGUUCGAUGAUCGUUUCCGCCCAAGAGUGGUGGAAAUGGCUGCUCAAGAUGCCGACCUUGGAGUUCGUGCCUCGGCAAUUGAAUUGGUCGACCUCAUUCGGAAUGCCGGCUUAAUUAAGCCCGAAGAUAUUGAUGUUGUUGGGAGACUAAUAUUCGACCUGGAACCCAAGGUCCGAAAAGCAGCUGGUCGUUUCUUUGUCGCCAACGUCCAAGACUCGUUCGACUCCGCAAUUGAGGAGGUUGCCGAUGAAGUAAAUGAAAUGUUUGGUGACGAAGACGAAGACGAUUUCGAGUCUCCCAAGCGCUCUUGGAUUAAAUUUAAAUGUUUGACUGAUAUGCUUCAAGCAUACGACGAGCCAGAGAAUGAGUUCGACCCUGAUCGUCCGGUCACCGCAACCCGAGAUGCUCUUUCGGGUGCGUCUGUAGAUUCGCGAUUUGUCCUGGCUACAGAGUCAAUAUACCCACAUUUCAAGGAACUGUCUCAAUGGCAGUCUCUGGCUGGGUAUAUUCUUUACGAUCACUCUCAGACUGCCGAUGACCCCAGUGAGGACGAUACCGCGGGUGUGGUCAGAAAGCUAUACAAGAUGGAAGAAGGGCAGGAAGUAAUCCUCCUGGAGGUGCUAUGCUGCGCCGUUAAACUGCGUAUUCUCGAAGUAGCCAAGUCCGAUAUUGACAGAAGGGGCCGAAAAGUUAAGGCAUUGACCGACAAGGUCCCCGAACUCCAAGAGGAAAUUGCGCAUAGUCUUGCGCAGAUCAUACCGCAGCUGCUGAAUAAGUUCGGCUCUGUCCCAGAAGCCGCGUCGUCCGUCCUGCGACUGGAACAUCUGGUCGAUCUUGACAAGAUCCAGGAUAUGCAGAAGGAUGCUACUGCCUACACGUCGCUGUUGAAUGACAUCAAUAAACAGUUCCUGACGCAUUCUGACCAAGACGUGCUGGCCGAGGCGAGUGUGGCGUUCCUCCAUGCGAAGAGCUCUGAUGACAUGCGGGAAGCAUUGGAAAACAAGGUCCAAGAGCUGUGGGAUGACAUGAUGGAUACACUCAAGACGCUCUCCCAAAAGAAAGAAGCCGUGGAGGGCAGCUCAAUACCCACCGCGACUCUCAAUGAGCUUACCAAUACGGUAACAAGGAUUUCCAACCUCGCAAGUGUAACCGACUGCGUGCAGGUCUUGGAGAGUACACCUUCUCGACCAAAAGGCAAAACGAAAGAUAUCUCGGAGAUCCCUUUUAACACCCUCAUGCAUCUAGCAAAGCGAGGCCUGCGAGAGGACGAGGACGAUGAAGAUACUGCAAGUGCUGAAAGCGAGCUAGUUAUCAGCAGCAUCAGGACGCUACUAUUCUACUUUAUGUGGAAGGUUCAGUCUUUGACGACAUCCCUGAGCGCCGGGAAAGCGGCUUUCAACACUGCCUACUUCGAGGUCCUAACUAAGAGCCGCGAGACAUUCGUCGCAACCCUUGUUGCUAUCAUGCAACAGCGUCCGAGCUUAGAUGAUGUACAGUUUGCAGCGACUACAACUCUUCUGGAUCUGCAGACAUUAUUUGGGACUCUGCGCCAUGCGGGACAGAAUACAAGCAAUGAUGAAGACGUCAUCCUCCAAACCCAGAGUUUGGUCCACGAAAUUGGGCCAGAUGCGCAGACGCUAAUCACAAAAAUCCAUGGCACAGCCGAGCGUACCUAUGCCAAACUGCGCAAAUCAAUGGAUCCUGAAGAAGGGGAUGAACCUGCUUCCGACUCUGAUGUGGAAAGAGAGCCUUCGGAUGAUGAGGACGAAGAGUCCGACAGUGAAACGGCAGCCCAUGAGCGCCUGCGAUCCAGCAUCAUCGCCGAACAACGGUUGUGCGAGUUGACAGGCAAAAUCGUCCUCGCCAUCAUCGGACGUAUUAUUGACGCCUCUGGGUCACAGCAGGGCCGAUUGAAGAAAGCAUUAUUGAGACGCAAGGGUCGUUUGGGCCCCAACUAUCGCGAGGUCGUGUCCUUCCUUGUGGAUCGUAAGGCUAAAGGUAGUACUCGGAGCGCCCAGCCCAGACAAAAGCAAUCCACUGCUAAGAGCAUGCCCAAAAAUCAAUCCCGUGGAAGCAAGCGUUCAGGUGCUUCCAAGUCGUCCGAACUUGUAGAUUUGGAGGAUGACGAAGGUGAAAAUGGACAUUCCCCUAUCGAGGAUGAUGACGACGAAGAUCUACGAGCCAGGGACCUUCUCGAGGAUGAUAUCGUUGAUCCAGAAAACGACGAAGCAGAGAAUCAUGCAGCGCCCGAUCCCGACGAUGAUGAAGUGAUGGGCGAUUGA